CGGGGCGGGGCCACAGUUUGUUCUGGCCUGUCCUUGACUUCCGCUUCCGGGGCCGAGGCCGUAGAGCUCAGGGCUUCAGCCUGCUCACUCUGUGACUUACAGUGUCAGGCUUUGGCUGCCGAGGUCUCUCCGUAUUGGCUUCGCUUGCUACGCUGUCUGCCUCCGUUAAUCAUGCUGGAACAUCUGAGCUCGCUGCCCACACAGAUGGAUUACAAGGGCCAGAAACUGGCUGAACAGAUGUUUCAGGGGAUUAUUCUUUUUUCUGCAAUAGUUGGAUUUAUCUACGGAUACUUGGCUGAACAAUUCGGAUGGACUGUCUAUAUAGUUAUGGCUGGAUUUGCUUUGUCCUGUUUGCUGACACUUCCUCCAUGGCCCAUCUAUCGCCGACAUCCCCUCAAAUGGUUACCUGUUCAAGAAUCAGGCACAGAAGACAAGAAAUCAGGGGAUAGAAAAAUUAAGAGGCAUGCUAAAAAUAACUGAUUGGAGUUUUCAUGAUUUAACACCUGCUUUUAUUUCCUGUGAGAUAAACUAAAUUGCUUUCAUACCCAAAACAUGAGCUAAAACCACCUAUACUCUAAGAGCACAGCUGUGUAUGGACAAUUCUUUGUGUUUCAUUUCUAACCAGUUUGGACCCAAAAAUACUUGAGACCCUAUCUUGAUAAUCUUGUUCUAAAUGGAGAACAGAAAACAAAAUACAAGUAUGUAGUGUUUCUUUCAGGUAUACAUAAAAAAUAAAUGCCUCAAACAAUAA